AUGGCGGACUAUCACUUUGGAGGCUCCGAGGAGGAGAAUGCGGAGCUGCGAAAGCUCGAGGUAGAGCUGGUUGAUGAUUCAGACAACUUCGAAACGUGGGAGAAGCUCGUGCGCGCUGCAGAGGCUCUGGAGGGCGGCAUCAACCGUAACUCUAACCCACAAGCUAUCACUACUGCGCGCCAUGCCUAUGACCGCUUCCUUGCCAAAUUCCCCCUCCUCUUCGGAUACUGGAAGAAGUAUGCCGACAUGGAGUUCUCGAUUACAGGCACAGAAGCUGCAGAGAUGGUGUACGAGAGAGGCAUUGCCAGUAUUUCGCCGUCAGUUGAUCUAUGGACCAACUACUGCGGCUUCAAAGCCGAGACUUCCCACGAUUCAGACAUCAUUCGAGAUCUGUUUGAACGUGGCGCCAUCAAUGUAGGCCUCGAUUUCCUGGCACAUCCGUUCUGGGACAAAUACAUCGAGUUUGAAGAACGUAUGGAUGCGCAAGACAAAAUUUUCGCUUUGCUUGGUCGCAUCAUUCACAUUCCCAUGCACCAGUAUGCACGAUACUUUGAGCGUUACCGCCAACUGGCACAAAACCGCCCUCUGGCUGAACUGGCCCCUACAGAGAUCAUGUCCCAAUAUCGUACUGAAUUGGAGGCUGCCUCAUCUCAGGAUCCCUCCGGGGCCAAGGCUGAAGCUGAGAUUGAACGGGAUCUUCGACUGCGUAUUGACAACUACCAUCUGGAGUCAUUCACAAAAACUCAAACAGAAACAACCAAGCGCUGGACGUAUGAGUCUGAGAUCAAGCGCCCUUACUUUCAUGUAACAGAGCUGGAUGAGGGUCAGUUAGCGAACUGGAACAAAUACCUCGAUUUUGAGGAGUCUGAAGGGUCAUAUUCUCGUAUCCAGUUCCUUUACGAGCGCUGCCUUGUGACUUGCGCUCAUUACGAUGAGUUCUGGCUUCGCUAUGCCCGAUGGAUGACUGCUCAAUCCGGCAAGGACGAGGAGGCACGAAUUAUCUACCAGCGUGCCAGCUGUCUCUAUGUACCAAUCGCGAACCCAGCCAUUCGGUUGCAGUAUGCCUACUUUGAGGAGAUGUCGGGUCGCACUGAAAUUGCGAAGGAGAUCCACCAUGCCAUCCUGUUCUGCCUUCCUAGCCACACUGAAACCUUGGUUUCUUUGGCUAACAUGUGCCGGCGCCAUGAUGGCUUGGAUGCAGCCAUUGAGGUUUACAAGACCCAGCUGGGUUCUCCUGACGUGGAGAUGGCUACCAAGGCUACUAUUGUGGCUGAAUGGGCUCGUCUGCUUUGGAAGAUCAAAGGUGCGUCUGAUGAUGCCCGCAAGGUCUUCCAAGACAACCAGCAGUACUACCUUGAUAGUCGCCCCUUCUGGACAAGUUAUCUCAUGUUUGAGAUUGAUCAGCCCACUAGUGCCUCGACUGAGUCUGCCCAAUACGAGCGUAUCAAGCAAGUUAUUUCUGAUGUGCGAUCCAAGAGCACUCUAGUUCCUGAAAUCGUCAAGGAGUUGGUGCAAAUUUAUAUGGCGUAUCUCCUCGAACGCGGUACACAAGAUAUCGCAAAGGAGUAUAUGACUUUGGAUCGCGAGAUCCACGGCCCUCCCUCUGUAGCCGCCCCUCGAACUGGCGGCACAGUCUCUCUCCCCGUCGCUGUUCCCCCCACUCCCCUGGAUGUGAUACCUACCCCUGCACCUGUUCUAGAACAGCCUACUCCUGACCAGACAGCUGCAGAACAAGCCCAGGCAUAUGCCUAUUACCAACAGGCCCCUGUGAACGGCGCUCCCGUUGCCUAA